AUGCGCCCCGAGCAGCUCCGUUUAGGCGAAGUCGCGCCAGCACAAAGCGAGCUGGAAAAGCCUAAGGCUCUAGCACAGAUUGCGCCGCGCAUUGUUCCUCUUUCGGAUAUUACGCGAGUGCCUCGGCGCGAAGACGUCUCGAAUGUGACAAAUAAUGCUUCUCUCGACCUGCUUCGUGCGCGUGCUUUGAAUAUUAAUCAUAGCACAAACGGCUAUAGAGUACAUAUCUGA